AUGCCCUGGCAGGCGACAGUCAGGGUGGAGUUAACUAAAGCUCAAUUCUGCAACAGCAACGAUGAAAGUGUGGUGCACGCCGGGUAUGGGAAUACUUCGUUGACGGAUGGCACUUCACUAACAGAGAACAACAAAAGCCACGCGCGAGAGGAACAUGGAGUGAAAUGGCCAGUGUCCAGAGAAGAAGACAGCCUUUCACAAAAAUUCAAAGUGGACUCCAGGCCUGGUAGGAGGGCUGGCCUGGACGAUGCAGUGCCUGGUAGGAGGGCUGGCCUGGACGAUGCUGUGCCUGGUAGAAGGCCAAUUCCUCUCAUAGUGAGGCCUGGUAGGAGGGCUGGCUUAGACGAUGCUGUGCAUGGUACAAGGCCCAUUCCUCACAGAGUGGACAAAUUAAAGGAUAACAAUACCAGAGAUGUAUAUCAUGGCUUCACCAGUUCUACAUCAGACAAUAGCCUGAAACCAUAUACUCCAUCCAGCAUUGGGGCAAGCUUAAAACCAGCAGAUGACCCGCAUUCAUCCAGACGUACAUCAGACAAUAGCCUGAAACCAUAUACUCCGUCCAGCAUUGGGGCAAGACCCAUCCCUGAGUGGUUAAAAUCACCGUCAAGGAUAUCAGUGCAGGGUAAUCCUGCCAAGGUGUUCACUGUCAAGGGAAAGUCUGAGCACAAUGUGUUCAUACCGAGUGAUUCAGAAACAUGCUUAAUCAAUGCCAUCUGUGUCCUCCCAGAUGGACAGGUCCUGGUUGCAGACAGCGGUAAUCAGAAAGUCAAGCUUCUGAACCAGCAGUUUCAGGUGGUGAGUCACUGUGGUGUGACUGCUUGGCCAUGGGACAUGUGUGUUAUCACACCCAGUGAGGUUGCAGUGUCUGUGAAUCAUGGGAUCCAGUUUAUCACAGUAAACAAAACCCAGCUGGUGCCAGCGAGGAAGGUUCAGUUAGAACAUGAUUGUAAAGGUAUCGCCCACCACCAAAUGGACCUGUUCAUCACUUCACGUAAAGCACUGUACAAGUACUCACUGAGUGGGAAUCUGGUCUGCAUACUGUAUGAGGAUGUGUCAGGUCCUGAUACAGUAUACAAGUGUGCUGUGAGUCCCACAGGAGACAGGCUGUACAUCAUCAGCUACUACAAGCACAAGCUUCUCACCCUGGCCAGGGAUGGCACACUCCUGGCUACAUACACAGACCCAGCACUACGCAGCCCAACUUGUCUACAUGUGACCCCUGCAGGCCAGGUGCUGGUCUGUGGAUACAGGUCCCACACUGUACUACAGGUGGGCUGGGAGGGAGAGAGUAAGCUGGCUAAUCUUGCUACUGGGGAGGAUGAAGUGGGGUACCCAUGGUCAGUCUGCUACAGCAGCACUACAUCAUCAAUCAUUGUGGGACUGAUGUUGAGUGACAACAUCCUGGUGUUCAGAGUGGAAUAGUGUGUACAUUCGCUGCUGAGUCAGGACAAGGAUGCUGAGGAUGUGGUGGACAAGGAUGACCUGAAUACACAGAAGGGUCCUUAUCAUCACAAGUUUGGCCCAGCAAAUGAUGUUCCCCAACUGCAACACAGCCACUGCAUCUCAACAGGUCCUCAGUCUCUCUUGCAACAACAAAAGCUGAAGUUGAAGUGUGAAAGAGAGAAAGAGUUGACAUGAAAUUGCUGCUUCAGCCUUAAUUGGAACAUCAGCAGCACCAGCAACAACAACACUUAAAAUUCAGCAAUCAACAGUUCGAUUGACGAAGGCUUUCAAAUGAAAAACUGUCAAUUUACAAAGCACCCUUCCCUGAAAAUCUGGCCAAGCUAAUACACAAUGUGAAUGCAUCAACGUGACCCUUCAGAGAAACAGGAUUCCAGGCCGAAUGUCAAACCGUCUGGGCUCCAGCAGCAGCCUCAGCCGUGGGGGUCAGGUUCAUGAUGCACCUAUGCUCUCAAUGUUCUAUGAACAUCAUAAUCUCACAGCAACAGUGGAUAACAUGACCUUUAAGUUG